CUCCCUACCAGUCAAUUCUCUCUCCGCGGCGUCGCAUUUUCCUUCAAUUCCUUAUCCAGACAUAAUGCCGUCCGAUAAGGUCGAAAAGAAGCGCAAGCGCGCCUCCGAUCGCCAUGAAAGGCCUAGCAAGAAGCCCGCGCUCGAGCUGCAAGAUCUGCCUCCGCUCGCCUCCAGCGUCGUGGAGGAUGAUAGCGAACUAGCUCCGGUGAUCAUCACUACUCCCGGUCUCAACGCUCCGCGCAAUCUCCGCCUCAACCCAUACCUCAAGACCCGCAGCAAAACCUCCUCCUCAUCGUCACGGAACAAGGGCAUCGUCUCGUCCGAAUUGCUGCUUCAGUCCUCCGAGCACCCCAAGCUGGACUUUGUGGGUCGCGAGGCCGAGGAGGAUGCCGACUCCCAGCUCAAGCACUACGUCGCGGUCGUGGACCCGGAGAACAAAACCUGGCAGUUCAUUGAAGUGCGGAAGAUGACUCUGCGUGGCGCCGUUCGCAAGAUGAGAGCGAUUGACGAAGAGUCAGAGGAGGAGAGUGAAGAGGAAGAAAUGAAAACCAUGCGCGCUCAAAGAACAGAACUCACCAACACCUUCGGUACCAAACAAUCUCGCAAGGCCGCUCAAUCGCUUGCCGAAAACGCUCAGCUCUCCAACGUGCCCUCGGGCGCUGCCUCCGCCGCCGAAACUGCCAUCCUGGGCGCCAUGCCCGCCGACGCAGCCACAGAUAUCGCCUCCAAGACCGCCGCCCUGCAAGCGCAGGUUCAAGCCGCGAAGCCUCUGCCCCAGGCCAACCUGGACGCUGCACACCCGUCGGAAGUCUACCCGCUUGAUGUCCUCGUCCCCAACGGCCUGGCCACCCUGCGCCAACUCCCCAACGUCAAAGAAUGGCAAGACAGCGUUAACUCCGGCGCCGCCGUCAACACCACCUCGCGGUACGUCUCCCGCCGCGUCGAAGCCGUCGCCCUCUCCGGCAACACCACCCACCUCCAGAUCCUCCGCUUCAUUCUCCUCCUCCUGGAAUUUGCCCGCGGUCUCCGUCCCGGCCGCGACAAGUCCGCCGGCCCCGGCAGCAAGCGUCUUCCUCCCCGCGAAGACCUCCGCCGCAUCCUCUCCGGUGGAACAAUCAGCGAGAACUCCGCCAGCGGCGACCAGAUCGCGGACCCGGUCAUCGACGCCGUGCGCCGCAAAUUCGCGCCCCAGGGUGCCUCCCUCUCCAAGAACGACAUCACCUUCCUCCACACUACCAUCUGCGCUCUCUCGCUGCACAUCCCGCCCCAACCUUCCAAGGACGGUGGUAACAGCUCCGCCGGCGGAAACGCCCCCAACGAGCUGGCUACCGAUCCCUCGGAUCUCCGUGAUGAUCUGCGCCUCGAUAACGUGGCGAUCACGCAGUAUUUCCGCGAGUUGGGUUGCCGCGUCGACAAGCCCCGCGAGUCGGAGUUUGCUAAAUGGGGUAUUAAGGGUGGUAAGGCCGAGGCUGCGGCUAGACGGGUUGCUAGGUUGAAGAUUCCCGUUGAGUUCCCGAAGGUUAGUCGUGGUGGUGGACGGAGGUAGUGGACUUGAUGGGGGAAAAGGUUUGUUUGGGUGUGAUUGAUUGAUUGUAAGUUAGCAUUAUUUCUCUGUAUGUAUGGAUGGAUUGGCAAAAGAACGUCGAUUUUCUACUUUCUUCAGCUG